CGGCAACAUCUGCUGCAUCUCUUCCCAAGGCGACGACCUUUACGUGGGGCUCCAAUCCGGCGUCGUGGCGGUGGUCUUCAAGACCGGCAUGAUCCGCGCAAUCAAGGACAGCUACAACGGGAACGAGGAGGACGAUGGCGGAGUCAAGGCCGUGGAGUACGACCAUUCCUGCGGAUGCACCAAUAACAUCAAGUGCUCGGAUGAUCAGCUGUUCCUCAAGGCCUGCUUCCCUGACACCUCCGUCCUUGCGCUUGACCCCAAGACCCUGACAGAGGUCUACCGGGUGGAGCUGCCCACGGCUCCUCGCUGGUUCAUCACACACUCCACUGUGGUGUAUUGUAUACUGUGCGACUCGAUCAAGGGCUACGACUCGCUGCAUAAGAAGGUGAUCUACAACCACCAAUUGAAAGUGGAUUUGGAGGUGCGGUGUGUCCACAUGCCCCCUGGUGAAGGGUCCAAGAUCUACAUUGGCUUUCGUGGCGGGAUUUACGUCUUUGACCUCGUGAAGCAGACCUUCACAGCUCCUGCGGAGUUGACAGCCACCCCAGCAAGCAGCCUCGCAGAGGUAUAAGUAGGGGAUGUGGUGCGCUCGAUCGCCCGAGUUUUCUUUCACUG